AGUGAAUGUGGGCGUGUUGAGCUGGGAAUGUUUCCUGUGACUGCAGAAAAUCCGAAGUUCAACUCAGAUCUCCAAAAUGGCUGCUGAGAAGGAAAGCGGACUUCUGAGUCUGUAUGUUAACGGGCAGAAGGUGACGGUCCGAGAUGCUGAUCCAGAGACCACGCUGCUCUCUUUCCUCAGGGACAAACUGCGUCUAACAGGCACUAAGUAUGGCUGUGGAGGUGGGGGAUGCGGUGCCUGCACUGUCAUGAUGUCCACAUACGACAAUCAGAACAAGAGCAUUUAUCAUUUCUCUGUUAACGCCUGUCUGAUGCCUUUAUGCCAAACCCACGGAGCGGCGGUGACCACGGUGGAGGGCAUCGGGAACAGCAAGAGCAAACUACACCCUGUACAGGAGCGUAUAGCAAAAGCAAAUGGCUCUCAGUGUGGGUUUUGUACACCGGGGAUGGUGAUGUCCAUGUACACGCUCCUGAGGAACCAACCACAACCCAGCAUGGAGGACAUCACACAGGCACUCGGGGGUAAUUUAUGCCGAUGUACGGGAUAUCGUCCAAUCCUCGAUGGAUAUCGCACUUUCUGUGAGAGUGAAGGCUGCUGUCAGGUGAAUGGCUCGGCCUGCUGUUCCUCAAACACUAACGCAGCUCCUGAACAACCGCAGCUGUUCAGAAAAGAGGACUUUCUUCCUCUGGACCCAACGCAGGACCUGAUCUUCCCUCCGGAGCUCAUACGAAUGGCUGAGAGUCAGGAACAAACCACUCAGACCUUUCGGGGGGAGAGGAUGACCUGGAUCUCCCCCGUGUCUCUCAGUGAGCUGCUCCAGCUGAAGUUUCUGUACCCAAAAGCUCCCAUUGUCAUGGGAAACACCAACAUAGGGUUGAACAUCAAGUUUAAAGGUGUCGUCCAUCCCAUAAUAAUCUCAGCAACAUGUGUGAAGGAGCUGUUUGAGGUUACGCACAAACCUGAAGGUGUGCACAUCGGUGCUGGCUGCAGUUUAACCACAGUGUGGAAUGUGCUGCAGAAGUGUGUGUGUUCUCUCCCAACAGAACACACUCAGACAUACACAGCACUGCUGGAGCAACUGAGACACCUGGGAGGAGAACAGAUCCGUAAUGUCGCUACACUAGGAGGGAACAUUGCCAGCGCUUUACCAAACUCUGAUCUGAAUCCUGUUCUGGCUGCUGGCCGCAGCUCUGUGCUGCUGCUGUCUCACGAUGGACGGCGUGAGGUUCCUCUGGAUAAGGAGUUCUUUGUGGGAUUUGGGAAGACGAUUCUCAGACCAGAAGAGAUUGUGCUGUCUGUUUUUAUUCCGCUUUCCAGAAAGGGUGAGGUGGUGUGUUCGUUCCGUAACGCUCCCCGUAAAGACAACGCUCUGGCCACGGUGAGCGCCGGCAUGCGGGUGUGGUUUAAUCACGGCUCAGACGUGGUGAAAGACAUGAGUGUGUAUUAUGGAGGAGUCGGAUCACACACACUCAGUGCAGAAAACACCACGUGUCACGUCAUUGGCAGGUCUUGGACUGAGGCGACGUUAAGUGAUGCGUACACGGCGCUGCUUGAUGAUGUCACACUCGGAGCAUCAGCUCCUGGGGGGAAGGUGGUGUUCCGCAGAUCUCUGACCCUCAGCAUGUUCUUCAGGUUCUACCUACACGUCCUGCAGCACCUCCGAGACCAAAAUGUGAUUCAUAGUGAAAUCCCUAAACAUGAGCUGAGUGCAGUGGAGCCGCUGCCCAACUUUAUUCAACCCGGAUUCCAGGAGUUCCAGGCUGUGUCAGAAGGGGACUGUGUGGGUCAGGCGUUGCCUCACCUCUCGUCUGUCUCACAUGCUACAGGAGAGGCCGUGUACUGUGAUGACAUUCCACACACACAUGGAGAACUCUUCCUCUCUGUCGUCACCAGCACCAGAGCACACGCAAAGAUCACCCAUAUUGAUGUGGGCGGAGCUCUGGCGAUGGUGGGCGUGGUCGAUGUGAUCACUGCUCAGGACAUCCCCGGCAGGAGAUCAGUGUCUUUCACAGGGAUGGAGGAGGAGCUUCUGGCAGAAGACCAGGUGACGUGUGUGGGUCACAUGAUCUGUGCUGUUGUUGCUGAUACCAAGCAGCACGCUAAACUGGCUGCGUCGUCUAUAAAGGUCACCUAUGAGGAUCUGAAGGACCCGAUCUUCACUGUACAGGAAGCUGUGGAGAAGAGCUCUUUCUUUCCUCCUCAGAGAGAGAUUCAUAAAGGAGACGUAGCCUCAGCCCUUCAGGAGACAGACCACAUUUACGAAGGAGAGCUGCGUGUGGGAGGACAGGAACAUUUCUACAUGGAGACACAGAGCAUGCUGGUCAUUCCUGUAGGAGAGGAGAAGGAGAUGAAGGUCUAUGUGUCUACACAACACCCAACAUGUGUUCAGAUGGCGGUAGCAGACACUCUGGGUGUCUCGGCUAAUCGUGUGUCCUGCCACGUGAAACGUGUCGGUGGGGCGUUUGGGGGUAAAGUGACCAAGACGACUGUGCUGGCGUGUAUCACUGCAGUGGCUGCGUGGAAAACCGAGAAGCCUGUUCGCUGUGUUUUGGACAGAGGAGAGGACAUGCUGAUCACAGGAGGACGUCACCCAGUUAUUGGGAGCUACAAGGUGGGCUUCAUGAAUGAUGGAAGAAUCACUGCAGCUGAUGUUCAAUAUUAUGCCAACGCAGGCAACACACCUGAUGAGUCCCCACUGGUAGCAGAGAAGAUUCUGCUCCACAUUGAUGCUGCGUAUAACAUCCCAAAUCUCCGGGGUCGUUCAUCAGCCUGCAGGACUAACCUGCCCUCCAACACAGCGUUCCGGGGGUUCGGUGUUCCCCAGACUAUGGUGGUCAUAGAAAACAUGAUCAACGAUGUGGCCAUGACGCUUGGCCGGCCAGCCGAAGAGAUCCGUGAAAAGAACAUGUAUAAGGACGUGUCCCUCACACACUAUAAGAUGGAGUUUGACCCAGAGAACCUGCAGCGGUGUUGGGAGCAGUGUAAGGAGAGAGCUGACAUCACUCACAGGAGAGAGAACAUCACUCGCUUCAACCUGCAGCACCGCUGGAGAAAGAGAGGCCUCGCCAUCGUACCCAUCAAAUACGGCAUCGGCUUCGCUGAGGGAUUCCUCAACCAGGCUGCUGCACUGGUACACAUCUACAAGGAUGGAUCAGUAUUAAUAAGUCACGGUGGGACUGAGAUGGGUCAGGGCUUACACACCAAAGUCCAACAGGUGGCGAGUCGAGAGCUGAAUAUCCCGCUGUCUCUGAUCCACAUUUCUGAGACGUGUACGAGCUCCGUGCCAAACACGUGUCCAUCUGCUGCGUCAUUCGGCACUGACGCUAACGGAAUGGCUGUCAGGGAUGCGUGUCAAACUCUGUACAAGCGUCUAGAGCCGAUGAGACAGAUGACCCCCGAGGGCCCGUGGCAGAGCUGGAUUAAAAGAGCAUUCUUGGAGAAAAUCAGCCUGUCAGCUACUGGAUUCUACAGAGGUCACGAUACAGGAAUGGACUGGGAGAAACAGGAGGGACGACCGUACGCCUACUUUACCUGUGGAGCCUGCUGCAGUGAGGUGGAGCUCGACUGUCUGUCAGGAGAAUACAGGACUAUAAGGACAGACCUUGUUAUCGACAUCGGGAGGAGUUUAAACCCCUCUAUUGAUAUUGGCCAGAUUGAGGGAGCCUUUAUUCAGGGUCUGGGCCUUUACACGAUGGAGGAGCUGCACUAUUCCCCCUCAGGGGUUCUUUACACUCGAGGUCCGGCUCAGUAUAAGAUCCCGGCUGUGUGUGACGUCCCACUGCAGUUUAAAGUUUAUCUGCUGUCUGGAUCUGAAAACCCGCACGCCAUCUACUCCUCCAAGGGUAUCGGAGAACCUACACUCUUCCUGGGAAGCUCUGUGUUCUACGCUAUAAAGGAUGCUGUAAUGGCGGCACGGAAGGAUGUGGGUUUAACCGGACCUUUCACCUUAGACAGCCCUGCUACUCCAGAACGAGUCUGCCUCGCAUGCAACACACACUUCACACAGAUGAUUCCAGACACAGGAAGUGGAUCACCACAGCCGUGGGCUCUGCAGCUACCUUGAUUCUCAGAUCACCUUUCUGAUCAAUUUAUUACAUCACUGUAACCACUAAAUAUCAGAUCUUCAUAUAUACCAAAGGAAUUGACUAAAUAAAUUAUUAAAUUUGUUAAUUAGAUAUUUUGCCCAGCUGUCGAUUUUAGGGCAUUAACAUAAAAUGUUGACAUGAUCGAAGCAUUGCGCUAUACUUUGUUGUACCUAAUUUGAGUCUGAGAGAUAGACGUGAUUGAGAUUGAGUCUGAGAGAUAGACAUGAUUGAGAUUGAGUCUGAGAGAUAGACAUGAUUGAGAUUGAGUCUGAGAGAUAGACGUGAUUGAGAUUGAGUCUGAGAGAUAGACGUGAUUGAGAUUGAGUCUGAGAGAUAGACGUGAUUGAGAUUGAGUCUGAGAGAUAGACGUGAUUGAGAUUGAGUCUGAGAGAUAGACGUGAUUGAGAUUGAGUCUGAGAGAUAGACAUGAUUGAGAUUGAGUCUGAGAUAGACAUGAUUGAGGUUGUCUGAGAUAGAUAGACAUGAUUGAGAUUGAGUCUGAGAUAGAUAGAUCUGAUUGAGUUUGAGUCUGAGAGAUAGAUCUGAUUGAGAUUGAGUGUGAGAUAGAUCUGAUUAAGAUUGAGCCUGAGAUAGAUCUAAUUGAGAUUGAGUCUGAGAUAGAUCUAAUUGAGAUUGAGUCUGAGAUAGAUCUGAGAUCCAGAUGAGGUGUAAGGUGCUGAUCUACUGGAAAAUAACUGGAUUUAUUUAUUAGACGUAUGUGCUGAACAGUCAAAUCUUGCUAAAUGUGACAUCUUACAAACAGGUCUAUAAAUAAUGAUUAUUCAGUUAUUGAUCAAUCAGAUUCGAGUCGAUUCUAUUAGACAUCAUUAUCACAUAUCAUGUACUAUUAUUGAGCGAGUACAUAAGUGCUAUAUAAACCAAGCUAAUAAAGCUAUGUACAUUAUAUUUGAUGAUUAAAAUAAUAAACUUUUUUGUUCCGUUCUAUUUUUAUUUGUAAUUUUAUUAUUUUGAAACUUUUAUUCUUUUUCAGAUUUCCUUACAAAUGAAACAUUAAAUAUUUGCUAUUAUAUUAGGUGCUAAAUUGGAUUGUGGAUGAUGAUGUCUAUAAAAACAUCAUAAUUUAAAUAAAAUCUUAAAUAUUAUGAACAGUAAAGAGUUAAAGCACAGACUCCAUUACUGAGAAAUCAUAGCUCGCCUCAGGCGUGAUUACAAUAGAAUAGUCAACCGUGUUAGAUUAAGGGGGGUGUCGCAUUCAACAAAUGGACUUUCCGUGUUAUGAUACAUGAUUCGUUUUACAUAUUUUAACCUCGUGACGGGACCUAAAAUCGGAGAAUAUCAAAAUACUCUUUAAAAGAUUUUCUAUUUUACAUCUCGAGUAAAAGUCAAAUAAAAAAUAAAACAUGAUCACCCCCCCCCGCUUCCCUCUAACACAUGGACUGGUCCGCAUUUUUUAUGCAGCCUGCGCAUGCGCAUCACUCUCACGCGUUCUCUGAGGGGAUUUUGUCAGAAGGGUUCGGAACUGCUUUGUGUCGCUUUGUUUGUUGGUUCCAAGACCGUUUUAAUUUGAAUUCAUUUCGGUGUCUUUUAUGAAUAAUCAAAAGCAGCAAAAGCCAACGCUAACCGGCCAGCGUUUUAAAACACGGAAAAGAGGUG